UCUAUCCCGAGAUUAGAGUUACCUACCCGUGGAUAUCACGAAAACUGUGUACAAAACCUCGGAAAACUUCGACGAUGGGAAAACGGUAUUAUUGUGAUUAUUGCGAUAAAUCUUUUGCAGAUAACGCAACCAACAGGAAGAAUCAUUUGAUGGGUGUAUAUCAUCAAAAGCAAAAGAAAGCCCAUUACGAUUCUUUCAUAAAAAGAGAUCCGGCCAAGGUCUUAGCGGAGUCUUCCAAACUACCAUUGUGCCACAACUUCAAAACUACAGGGGAAUGUCAUUAUGGUGUCAACUGCCGGUGGUCACAUGUGACGGACAAGGUCAGGGAAGAACUAGAGAAUGAAAUCAGGAGUAGGAGAGAGGCCACACAGAAGCAGCGGCAAGAGGAGGAGAAGGUGCCCACACUUGAGGAAUGGCUGGACAAACGGUCCAAGAAACUGAAGACUGAAGAAGAUGUGAAGAGUGGCAUCACAGAACCAUCGGAUGAAGCAGCAGUGUUCCAGCUGCCGGUGUGUUCACUACCUCCAGUCCUUGCCAACAUCCCCAACCUGCCCCCCUCGCUCCUGCCCCCACCCCCAGAUGCUUACAAGUAUCUGCCCUUGGAGGAGUGGGGAUGAGAGGGGAACUAGAGGUACAUGGGAAGGAGCUUGGCCCUGUUCCAUACAGUGAUCAUAGUGCAAGAUAUCAUCAAUCUAUGUCACAAUGUUGUAGUCAUGACUGCCAUCGUAGACCAAAAUCCCAAUUUGGACCGAGGUCCACAGGGCGGUGAUCACAUUGCCAUCUUAGCACAACUGACGUGACUGUCUUUUCAGUAACAUUAAAACUUUCAGUGGUCACAGUGCUAAGGUCUUUGUUGUAUGAGGCUCCAGGCAGUGAUAUUAGAGAUAUGUAAGCAAUAUAUUUCAAUGUAUGAUUCCUGACCAACAUGACUGAACUUAAUCAUGCAAGUAGUACUUUGUCGUAUCACAGGUUGAUUUUGAAAAGGGUGGUUGGGUGCACACAACCCAAGCCACUAAAUGAAUAGAUGUGAUAUAUAGACCCUGACAUUGGCUGAAGCAUGUGUCUGAAAAAGAGGGUUGUGCCCCUCUGGUAACCCCUUGUCAUGUUGUUCAGAAUAGAUCCCCAGUACCUCAUGUGGGGAUCCCUUCAAAAGUCAAGUUUCCACCCUUGCCGAACUACGCUGGAAUUACGUGGUUCGAUUGUAGCACCGCCCCUAUUGAUAAUAGUUACGAGUCAGUUAUAUUCCCCUUCUACACUGCUGAUUUCUAUAAAUAAUCUGUGAGAUACACAAGAAAUUUUGGACUCGUGUAAUUUUCGGUCUCAGCAGGUAACUUACAGAUCAUACCCAGAAACAUCUGGUUUAGAAUAGGUCUUCAGCUACCCAUGCUUGCUGUAAAAGGCGACUAACGGGAUCGGGUGGUCAGGCUCCCUGACUUGGUUGAUGCAUGUCAUCGAUCCCAAUUGCCUGGAUGGAUGC